AUGUGGUCGGUAACCAGAAAAGAAAUUGAGCAGUUUUUGGGUACCAUCCUCUUUAUGUCCUUGACGCAAAAACCGUCCACACGUGAUUACUGGUCCAGUGUUCGUCCGGUGCCCGGAGUGUCCGAAGUUAUGUCCGUGAAUAGAUGGGAAGAAAUUAAACGAAAUCUUCACUUCAACGACAAUGAAUCCUUCGUUCCAGCAGGCCAGGUUGGCCACGACAAGCUUCAUAAGGUGCGCCCGAUAGUGAAGCACAUCAGCCAGGUCAUGAGAGGGUUGCCCAAAGAAAAGGACUUGUGUGUUGAUGAACAAAUCGUCCCGUUCAAAGGAAGUCCAGGUCUCCAAGUACACGUGGCAAAAGAAAGGAUCAUUUCGAUCGGUACGGUGCGCCAAAACAGAUUGCAGGGCUGCACACUAAAAACAGAGAAGGAUCUAAAGAAAGAGGGACGUGGAGCUCACUGUGAAAGAGUUGGCAUCGUAGAUGGCGUUAAGUUAUCGGCAACGGCGUGGCUCGACAACAAAAUGGUCACCUUCCUAUCCAGCUACGUCGGAAGCCAACCAGUUGGAGAAGUAGAAAGGUACUUUGCGGCGGAGAAGACUAGAAAGAUGAUCCUGUGCCCCAAAGUCGUCACGGAAUACAACAGGACCAUGGGAGGUGUCGACAAAUUAGACUCCAUUUUAGGGCUAAAAAAUCCCUCUAAGUACAUGCCUCUCGCCGAUUUCAAGGGCGGGGUCGCCGAGUGCCUGACAAAGGCUGGAAAGUCUUUGCAAAAGAAAAGAGGUCGGCCGAGCCAGGAUGUGGAAAAUAAAUUCCAGGAGAAGAAGAAACGAGGACCGGUCACCAUGAUUCCAUCAAUGGAUGUGCACCUCGACCAAAUAAGCCAUUACCCCGAAUGGAUGGAAAUAAGGCAUCGGUGCAAGAACCCGAAAUGCACAUCCCUAAAAUUCGUCGGCUGUGAGAAGUGCAAAUUGCCAUUAUGUUUUAACAAAGACAGAAACUGUUUCCACCAGUUUCACCUAGAAUAA